CGGUGCUGGUCGCUGUCCGUCACGGUAAAGGUGCUGAAGUCUGGAUGAUGCCUGGCCAGCGACUGCAAGGCUGCCGCUCCCUCCACAUAAACGAAGACAACGGCCGCUUCUUGCUGCUCGCCAUCCUGAUUGUUCUGUAUCUGCUGUGCGGUGCCGCGGUGUUUUCCGCAAUAGAGCGGCCUUCGGAGGUGCAGGCGCACAGCAAAUGGAACAGAACACUUUUCAACUUCAGCGAGACGUUCAAUAUCAGCUUGGAGGAUCUGAACUCUUUCCUACGGGAGUAUGAGACUGCUAUUGCCGCGGGGAUCCGAGCUGAUGCUCUCAGGCCGCGAUGGGAUUUUACAGGGGCUUUUUAUUUUGUUGGGACUGUGGUGUCAACUAUUGGUUUCGGGAUGUCCACUCCGGUGACGGUAGCAGGGAAGGUGUUCCUGAUUGUCUACGGUCUCCUCGGCUGUGCCGCCACCAUCUUGUUCUUUAACCUCUUCCUGGAACGCAUUAUCACCCUCCUGGCCGUGGUCAUGAAGGCCGUGAGGGAACGUCGCAUCCGGAACUCCGGCCUCCUCCCGCCGGGUAUCCGCCAUGACUUCUCGGCGUGUUCUUUCCUGGGGUGGAAGCCAUCGGUCUACCACGUCAUGUUGAUCCUGGGGAUAUCCGCCAUCAUCAUCUCCUGCUGCGCCUCAGCCAUGUACACCCCCGUGGAGGGAUGGGCCUACCUGGACUCACUCUACUUCUGCUUCGUCACAUUCAGUACCAUCGGCUUUGGGGACCUGGUGUCGAGCCAGAGAGCAGACUAUGAGUACCAGCCGCUGUACCGUCUGGCCAACUGCCUGUUCAUCCUCAUGGGCGUAUGCUGCAUCUACUCUCUGUUCAAUGUUAUCUCCAUCGUCAUCAAACAGGUGCUCAACUGGAUGCUUCAGAACUUAUGCUGCCAGCGGUGCAACAUCAAGUCCAACUCUUUCCCGUUGGGUCGCCGCAACGCCAUCCGGCCUGGUUCGAGAAUCCGUAAAGGUCGCUUCGGAAUCAGACACACGCCGGACUCGGGGGAUUCGGGACCCUGCGACAGUGACACAGAGGGAGGAGGACGCAGACUCUCAGGAGAGAUGAUUUCAAUGAAGGACCUGACGGCCUCUAAUAAGGUCUCACUGGCACUCAUGCAGAAGCAGUUAUCAGAGUCCGCUAACGGUUAUCCCAGGACGGUGUGUGGCGGCUCGAGACAUAACGGGUUCUCUGGAGGAGUGGGCGCUCUGGGGAUCAUGAACAACAUGCUGGCAGAGACCAGCAACUCCAGGUAG